CAAGCAUUUUUAACUUAAAAACAUUUUUGUGUAUAUUCAUGUGUAUAUUCAACCUUGUAUUCAACCAUUCUCUAACGCAUGCUUUUGUUCCUUCAACAGGGGGAAUGUUAGCAAUCUGCGAUAUAAAUGAGUACAGAAAGUGUGUCCAACGCUUCAAGGUACAUGUAUACUCAGUACUGUACGUAUUCCUAACAGUAAUUGACACUGCUACAAUAAACAUGUAUGAGACGCUUGGGAAAGAAGAUAAUUUUAGCAACCCUGGCAACAAGAUCCAGAAAUGAGUAAUGUUUCUCUCUUAUUAAAAAAAAAAAUGGUUACUUGCUAACUUACUCAUGAUAAUUUUGUAAAUACAAUCAAAAUUUUGAGUUCAUCAGUUUAUCCAUAUAUAUAGUUUUCUCCUCUAUUAACAAUGGUUUAUCUUGAUUUGUCUUUUUUAUGACGAUACUUUUAAUAUAAAUUAGUUGAUACGUCAUUGUUUGCAUGCAUUUCUCUUACAGAUUUUUUCUUUGUUUAGAUACCGUUAUUAAACUCGCUAUUUAAUACUCUUCACGCGCUUGGCAACCUCCUGGUCGUUGCGCCAGAUAAUCUUCAGCAGGUUAUCAAAGAAGAACAUUUGGUUAGUGUCAAUUACCGUCAUUGUAAUACGUCAGUGUAUAUUAAUCUCCUAACAUAGGAUCGCCUGUAUAAAAUUCCUCCGGGCUACCUUGUAAUCAUGUCGUAAUUUAAAACAGCAGACAACUAAAGUGUAAAUGUUUGUUUUUAGGCUGUUCUCGACAAGAGUGUUAUCCAUUCAUUUGUCCAGCUCCGAGCAGAUUACAAAACAGCGAAACUUGCCAGGCAUUUGGAGUGAGCUUGUGAAAGAAGUUAUUAAUCUAUAGUAUAUAGUUCCACAUAUUUUUUAUUAAUCAUACAGUCAUGUAUAUCUUCAUGCUUACCAUUCCGUAUAUCCAGCUGGAGAUUUCAGCAUAGCUCAAUUUUCUCCCGCAUGAUCGCAGAAAUGCAUUGGAUUUAACGACGUUUUGUAAAUUGUAAAGACCAUUGAUAAAAAUGUAAACUCUCUACAGAAAACAACAAUUGCGAAAUGAAAUAAUCCAUUGUUUUUCAUAGCUCUUAAUUGGCUAUCUAGGUGCAUGCUAUAGUACUAAAUGGAACUUCUGACAUCGUUCAGAGCACCAGCGUUUUUAUACGACACUAUUGUUUGGAUUAUUUUGUUUGGAUAUACAAGGUUUUCCAGUAAAAUGCCGCCGACCUUCUCUAACUAAAAGCACAGCUGUUCAAUUUUAAAUCCAUUCUGGUUGGAGUCAAUUAUUAAUAUGAUCACAUUAAAAUAUGUAACAAUACGUCAAAAUGAUAUGAUUAGGCUAUUCUAUCAGAUAUUUUCAACGCUUCAUGCAGAGGAGAUGCUGUAUUAUCGUUGAUAUAGAAGGACAACGUAGCGAUCUAAAAUGCAGGAUUUUAGUAUUUGGGUUAUUGUAAUAGAAUGUGCUCACUUCUACGCAGUGCCGUGAGAAAAAAUGAAAUGGACUGAAAUCUCAUGUCAUUUCAACAUUAAAAAUCUUUUCCAAUUCUUCCAAGGCAACAUCUGAACUGAAGCAGUUUGUCUUUGCUUAUGUAACAAGAUUUCAUGAUAUUACAAGUUACUGAUGGGGAAAAUUUGCUUCCGAUUUGAGCAACAAUAGACUGUAAUGUUUAUUGCACUCUUGCCUCAAUGGCCUCGUUUUCAUUAUUUCCUCAUGUUUCUUGCACAGUUGGGUUAAGGAUAGGCUUGUGACUGGGCUCAAGGUCUAAGGGAAACAUAUUCGUGCAUGAACUUGGGGAUAUAACUUUCAUGUGCGUUUGCUAUAUCUAUCAGUGGCUGUACGCUAAAACACACAAACAUGGGAACGAGACAUUGGGUUAAAGUCUAUAUCAAACAAGGAAAAGAGCC